AUGGAAGUUGCCCUGAACACAGAGGCAGUACUGGAAGAAGGCGAUGUGAUCAUGGGUGUGAACAGAUACGGCACGUCGACGUGGGCCGAGACUUCGAGGAUUGAUGCGCAAACUCGCGAUGGCUCACCUCGUUCGUAUUUCCUUAAGGACACUCUGCCGGGAAUUGCCCCAAGGCCACGCGGAUAUGGUGAAUGGCAAGACCGGAAAGGAACCUACUUCUUCGUCUGUGACUAUCUCAACAUCACCCACGAGCUUCCCGACCCCGUGCAACUUGGAAAAAAGCUCGCUGAGCUGCACCGCAAAAGUCAGUCGCCCAAUGGAAAAUUCGGGUUCCACUGCACGACAUACGAUGGGGAAAAGCCGCUCAACACGACAUGGGACGAUAGCUGGACAUCCUUCUUCAAGAGACUUAUGAACGAUGUUUACCAGCUCGAGAAGAAAGUCAACGGCUUGUGGCAGGAACUCGACGACGUGAUGCAAAUUACACUCGAACACCUGAUUCCCCGACUCCUCGACCCCCUCACGACAGAAGGCCGCUCCAUAAAACCAUGUCUGAUCCACGGUGACUUGUGGGAAAGCAACAUCGGAACCGAUGAGUUCACGGACGAGAUAUACAUCUAUGAUGCUUGUGCUUACUACGCCCACCACGAGAAAGAGGUGGGCAUCUGGCGGUGCGCGCACCACCAGAUGACGGAUAAGACAUACCGAGACGAAUACUUCAAGAACUACCCCCCGAGUGAGCCGCGUGAUGAAGCUGAUGAUCGGAACCGUUUGUAUUCAGUUGAAACACUAAUCAUGAAUUCACUGGCUUUUCCGGGCGCGAAGACGCGGCAGCUGGCUUUUGAGGAGCUAUCGUACCUAAUCAACAAGUAUCUCAAGGACGGUGAUUGA